AAAACGACGCCGUGUAAUGAAUUACGCAACAAAAUCGUCAGGGAAAGAGAGACUCAUUAUCGAGAAAAAGUAAAAAGAGAGGAGUCUCGGGUGGAAAAGCAAUGGCGAUAGACGCAAUCGAAGCUCCCUCUCAGCCCCCUUCCCAUUUCAGUCAACAACGCCAUUUCUAUCUUGCCGUGGACAGGCUCCAAUUCAAAAUGGAGACGCUGGUGGACUUGUUGGGCGUGGUGGGACGGCGUCACUCCCUGCCGACGGUCGUGUGCUGCAGCUCGCGCGACGAGCUUGAUGCCGUAUGCUCCGCCGUCUCCAACCUCCCCUUUAUCUCUCUGUCCCCUCUGUACAGUGACCUCGCUGAAGCAGAACGUGCUCUGGUUUUGGAGAAAUUUCGGCAAGCCACAUUGAACUGGAACCAAAAUGUCAGUGCAGAAUCAGGAGAUGACGGUGAAAUUGGAAAAGAUGAACAAAAGUCUCAUAUGAUAGUUGUGACUGAUGUUUGUCUCCCACUUCUUGCUUCUGGGGAGUUGCCCAUUUCUGCUCGUGUUCUGAUAAAUUAUGAGUUACCAACAAAGAAGGAAACAUAUAUGAGGCGCAUGACAACUUGUUUGGCAGCAGAUGGGAUUGUAAUCAAUAUGGUUGUGGGGGGUGAAGUGGUCACUCUGAAACACGUAGAAGAAAGUACCAGUCUUGUUAUAGCAGAAAUGCCCAUAAAUAUCUCUGAGAUUUUGUGAAGAUGUUUGGUCUUUUGCAAUGCCAGAAACAUGUCGAAGGACUUGAUUCCAAUUUCCUUGUACCCUUCUAGGCUUGUAAUUGUUGAGGCAUGUGAUCAUAUUUCAGUGAGUAGUUGUAACAAUAUCUGAAUUGUUCGGCUUAUUAAAAAAUGAUACAAAGUUAUUUUGUACCUUUACUUCUACAAUGGUAAGUAUUUAAAUCUGUUCUUUUAGCCAUAAA